CAACUGUUCUUUCUCCUUUUUUGGUAGGUAAAGGAUGAGGUGGAGGCUCAUGGCUGCUGGGCUGCACUGAAAAAAUAUGACCAUUAUUCCGUGAAGGAGUACCUGAAAGAAGAAGGAGAUCUGAGCCCCGAAGCAUUGAGAAUGAUUGGAGAACUGCUCAACGAACAGAGUCUUAUGUACACUGCACUUAGUGAGAUGAUCUAUGACCAAACUGACAUCAGUGACAGCACCAAGUACUUUGAAGUUGUUGGUGGGUCUGAUCUUCUCCCCAAAGCUUUUCUUACUGUCCUUGAUAUCCCUAUUCUCCUGAACUCUAGACUCAAGCGUAUCAGUCACUCACACAAAGGAGUCGUUGUAUCAUACCAAACCGGACAACAGUCCUCUCUUACUGAUCUUCAGGCUGAUGUUGUUCUAGUAACAACCACAACAAAAGCAGCUCUUUUUAUGGAUUUCAUCCCACCUCUGUCCCCCAAAAAGAUGGAGGCACUGAGGUCUGUCCAUUAUGACAGCUCCACUAAAAUCCUCCUCACCUUUAACAACAAGUUCUGGGAGAACGACGGUAUCCGAGGAGGAAAGAGCAUCACAGACGGGCCUACUCGUUUCAUCUACUAUCCCAGCCACAGUUUCCAAAAAAAUAAAACCAUUGGUGUCCUCCUGGCUUCCUACACCUGGGGUGAUGAUUCACUACUCUUUCUAGGUGCAAGUGAUGAAGCCCUCAAAGAGCUGGCUCUGAGCGAUUUGGCAAAGAUUCACGGUGAGCAGGUCUGGGAUUUCUGCACUGGGGUGGUGGUGAAAAAGUGGAGUAUGGAUCCUUACAGCCUUGGUGCCUUUGCUCUGUUCACACCCUACCAACACUUAGAGUAUGCUAAGGAGCUCUUUAAAAGUGAAGGCAGGGUCCACUUUGCUGGUGAACACACAGCCUUCCCUCAU